AUGGGACAUCGAACGUGCGUAAUAUUUUUGUGUAUAUUAAAUUGGUUGCAAGGAGGCUAUAUGAUACCACAAUUGGCCUCAAGACCCCGCGUUUGCGUCAUCGGUGCUGGCUACUCGGGCCUCGCCACGGCCCGUCACAUGAUUGACUAUGGUCUUAACUUAACUGUAUUUGAGGCCUCCAACUACAUCGGAGGCACUUGGAGAUACACUCCUCGAGUCGGCACUGAUGAGUAUGGAGCACCUUUGUUCACGAGCGCGUACAAAGACUUGAGAACAAACUCGUUCUAUCAAUCUAUGGAAUUUCCAGACUACCCGUUUCCUGCAGGCCCUAUAUCCUCAUUUCUUUCUGGCCAAUGUAUUUAUAAGUAUUUGGAAGGUUAUACUAAGCAAUAUGAUUUGGCAAAAUAUAUUCAGUUUCGAAGUCUGGUGACCAGUGUGGAGAAGGUGGGUGACGAUUGGAACGUGACUUAUAUGAAGACUGAUACGAAGAAGAACGUGUCAGAGGAAUGUGGCUUCGUUGUCAUUGCAAACGGGGAGUACACCGCGCCCCAUGUCCCUUAUUUUGCAAAACAAGAAGAUUUUAAAGGAAAGAUGCUACACAGUCACGAUUACAGAGAUUCCGAAGACUACCGGGGUCUACGAGUACUGGUGGUUGGAGCCGGCCCUUCUGCGUUUGACCUUGCUACACACCUCGUCAACGUGACCUCUAUGUUCAUACAUAGUCAUCAUUUAAAGGCUCAUUUCAAGAUUCAGAAAGUUUAUGGAAAUUAUAAACAGAAACCAGAUGUUAAACAUUUCACACCGACGGGCGCCGUAUUUGUGGAUGAUAGUACUGAAGAGUUCGAUGUUGCUAUACUUUGCACAGGUUAUAGGUACAGCUUUCCGUUCCUCAAUUAUCAGUCCUCCGGAGUGACAUGGUCAGAGACAUAUAUAAUGCCUUUGUACAAUCAGCUUAUAAACAUUAAUCACCCCACUAUGACGUUCGUGGGAACUGCAAAAUAUGCUCUUGGAUUAGUUCGGGAUAGACAGGGUCACUACUCAGCACAAUUAGCGGCAGGACUGGUUAAGUUACCGUCUAAAGAUGAGAUGUUCAAUCAGUGGUUCGAUCACGCAAAACGCCGGACGUCCAAAGAAAUUAAUUUAAUUGGGUACGACCAGACGGCCGAUUAUACGGACCCUCUACUCGACGGAACAGAUAUUCCCCGCAUUCCGCUAGUGUUUACAAACAUCCUACGAAAGCAGGAUGAUGCCUGGUAUUCGGAGUUUUUAAUAUUUCGCAAUCAUCAGAUAAACUUAUUAAAUGAUACUGAUUAUGAAGUGAUUGCCAACGGAGAGAAGAAACUUUGUCCAUUUGAUAUUUAA